CACGGAGCAUCGCCCAUGCCACGUGCUGCAGACCAUGCUGGGACACGGGGCUGGGGACCCUGGGCCAUCCCCCGGCCGUCCCCUGCCACUCCCAGUGCUGCAACACCGGGUGAUGCAGACCCAAAGUGCAGCACCAACGGCGAGGGGCUGGCACUGCUUGGUGUCAGUGGGAACCAGAGCCCUUCUGUGCCCAAACUGAGGGCAGUGAGCGGUGUGGAUUCUCCUCCUGCUGGUCCUCCUGAGUUCGAUUUACUAACCUCCACUCUGCAAGUGGUUGGCGCGGGGCUUGCUCCCUCCUUCCCCAGACUGCUGCCAGCGGGAGGGCACUGCUUGCCCCUCCCGGCCCACCUGCCCUUCUGCUCCGUUCUGGGCACCAACCAUGUCAGAUUGCCGAAUUAUCUCAGCCACAGCAGCGAGGUGGAAAUUCGGGCUGCUUUGCAUGAGUGGGAGGGGCUGCUUGAGUCUCGGUGCCACCGCUACUUGGAGUGGUUCCUCUGCUUGCUCCUGGUCCCUGGGUGUAGUGCCUCAGUCCCCGUAACUCCCCCACCGUGCCAGGGCUUCUGUGAGGCCGUCAGAGACCUGUGCUGGAUGCACUCGGCUGGUGGGCGCCUGCCUCUGCCCUGUGACUCUCUCCCCAAGGAGGACGAAGGGUAUUCUUGUGUCUUUGUUAAUGUGUCUUCAGAGAACCUGAGCAGUGAGGUCAGCCUCCUGGAGCUGAUUGGAGACCCGCCUCCAGAGGGAAUCGUCAAAAUCUACGGCCAUGAAAACAGACCUGGCUAUGUCUUUGGACCCAGUGCCAACACAGGCCAGGUGGCCCGGUACCACCUGCCCAGCCCCUUCUACCGAGACUUUUCUCUCCUCUUUCACAUCCAGCCCACCACCCCACGGGCCGGUGUGCUCUUUGCCAUUACAGACUCCACGCAGAGCAUCAUCUACGUGGGUGUUAAGCUCUCAGACCUGCAGAUGGGCAAGCAGCAGAUCAUCUUCUACUACACUGAACCGGGCUCACAGAGCUCCUAUGCAGCUGCCACCUUCACCGUGCCCACCCUGCUCAACCAAUGGGCAAACUUUGCUAUCAGCGUGGAGGAGGACGAAGUCAUCCUCUACCUGGACUGCGAGGAGCACGAGCGGGUCCGCUUUGAGCGCUCCCCAGAUGAGAUGGAACUGGAGGAAGGUGCCGGGCUCUUUGUUGGUCAGGCUGGAGGGGCUGACCCAGAUAAAUACCAGGGUGUGAUUGCUGACCUGAGGCUGCGAGGGGAUCCACGUGCAGCCGAGUACCAUUGUGAGGAGGAGGAUGAUACCGAGGCAUCUGGAGAUUUCGGCAGCGGGGCAGAGGACAGGCACCGUCCCUUGGGAAAGGAUAAGGGCAUCCCAGGGCUGCUGGAUGCUGUCCCUGUCACUUCCCCACCUGUGGUGGAGGGCAGUGGGACAAGGAGCAGUGUGGGAUCCCCCCAGCAGGCAGAAAGGACCAGAGUGGAGGAGAGGCUGCAGGUUUCCACAGGAGGCACUGGCCCCAAAGGUGAAAAAGGGGAGAAAGGUGAACGUGGCCUAAAGGGGGACUCGGGGACCAUUGGCAUCUUGGGCCCAGGCACUGCCAAGGGUGAGAAGGGGGAGAAAGGUGAAUUGGGCAUCAAGGGCAGCGCUGGAUUUGGCUACCCUGGCUCCAAGGGCCAGAAAGGUGAGCCCGGAGAGCCUGGCCCCCCUGGCCCUCUCUCACGGCAUACUGAUGGCAUGUCACUGGAGCAAGUCACUGGCCCCCCUGGCCCCACUGGGCCCCCAGGGAAGGAUGGGGCCCCUGGCAGGGACGGCGAACCUGGUGAUCCCGGCGAAGACGGCAAACCUGGUGAAAUGGGGCCCCCAGGAUUCCCGGGGACACCAGGAGAGUCUGGGCAGAAGGGAGAGAAGGGUGACCCCGGUGUGGGGCCAAGAGGCCCCCCGGGGCCACCAGGUCCCCCUGGACCUCCAGGACCCUCCUCCAAGCAGGACAGGCUGACAUUCAUUGACAUGGAGGGCUCUGGGUUUGGUGGUGACCUGGAGACCCUGCGGGGCCCACGAGGGCCACCUGGUCCCCCAGGUCCCCCAGGCGUGCCUGGCUUGCCGGGGGAGCCAGGAAGGUUUGGGAUGAACAGCACAGAUCUGCCAGGACAACCAGGGCUGUCAGGCAGAGAUGGAACCCCUGGGCCUCCAGGACCAGAGGGUCCUCUAGGUCCUCCUGGAAAAGAUGGGAUGCCUGGACUGCCAGGGCCCAAAGGAGAGCGGGGUGAUGUGGGUGACCUCGGUCUCCCCGGAGCUCCAGGACCCAAGGGCAGCAAGGGAGAAGCAGGACCAGCAGGUCCCCCAGGAGAGACUGGCCUGGCUGGCCUCCCUGGGCCAGUUGGACCCCGAGGGCAGCCAGGGCCCCCAGGGCCCCCAGGUCCACCAGGGCCGGGGUAUGAGGCUGGAUUUGGUGACAUGGAGGGCUCUGGACUGCCACUCGCCACCGGCUCCCCUGGACCACGUGGCCCCAGUGGACCACAGGGUGUGCCAGGACUACCAGGGAUCAAAGGCGAGGUGGGCAGCCUUGGGCAGCCUGGCCUUCCAGGCCCAAAGGGGGAUGCUGGUGUGCCUGGUGUGGAUGGCCGUCCUGGCCUGGAGGGCUUCCCUGGACCACAGGGUCCAAAAGGCAACCGUGGCAGCCCUGGUGAGAAGGGUGAGCGAGGCCAAGAUGGCGUGGGGCUGCCAGGCCCCCCUGGCCCACCAGGUCCCCCUGGACAGGUCAUCUACAUCUCAAGUGAGGAUAGGCCUUUGGCAGCACUGCCAGGCCCAGAGGGCAGACCAGGACUUGCUGGUUUCCCGGGCCCAGUAGGACCGAAGGGGGAUCCAGGAUCACCAGGCAUCCAAGGUGCACCAGGGAUGAAGGGAGAGAAGGGAGAGCCUGGCGUCAUCAUCAGCCCAGAUGGGACCAUCGUUGCUGCCAACAUGAAAGGACAGAAGGGGGAGCCUGGGCUGCAAGGACCGAUGGGCCCAUCUGGCCCCCAUGGACGAGCAGGGAUGAAGGGAGAAAUUGGCUUUCCGGGCAGACCUGGACGUCCUGGCAUGAAUGGGCUGAAGGGCGAGAAGGGCGACCCAGUGGACAUCAGUGGUAUGCUGAGCUUGCGGGGUCCUCCUGGCCCCCCAGGUCCCCCUGGCCCUCCUGGGCCACCUAGCAGUGUGGUCUAUGACAGUAACAAUGGCUUCAGUGAUGCCAGCCGUCCUGCCUUCCCAGGUUUCCACCAGUUUACAGGUCAGAAGGGAGAGAAAGGAGAUGUGGGUGCUCCGGGGCCCCCAGGCCAGUUCCUCUAUGACCUGAGCCGGUUCAGUGCCAACCUGCGGGGUGACAAGGGAGAGGCGGGUCCUAAAGGAGAGAAGGGAGAGCCAGGUGGUUCCACACUCUAUGGCCCCGGUGUCACUGGGCCACCAGGUCCCCAGGGCUACCCAGGUCCACCGGGUCCCAAAGGGGACAGCAUUGUUGGGCCACCAGGGCCUCCUGGACCACAGGGACCCCCUGGCAUUGGCUACGAAGGGCGGCAAGGCCCCCCAGGCCCUCCCGGCCCCCCCGGGCCACCCUCUUUCCCAGGUCCCCACAGACAAGCAAUCAGCAUCCCUGGCCCCCCUGGACCACCAGGGCCCCCUGGGCCACCAGGCACCAGCGGGACAUCUCUGGGACUGCGUGCCAUGCCCACGUACCAGGCGAUGCUGAGUGCUGCACAUGAGCUGCCUGAAGGAGGACUCAUCUUUGUGACCGAUCGGCAGGAGCUCUACGUCCGCCUGCGUGGGGGCUUCCGCAGAGUGCUGCUGGAGGAGCACACCCUCAUCCCCAGCUCGGCGCUGGAUAAUGAGGUAUACGACAAGCUGCCCAGCAUUCACUACGGAGGGGCCCAGCAACCUGUGCACCCCCUGCGCAACCACAGCCCCCCGCCCACUGCCCGGCCCUGGCGUGGGGAUGAGGUGGUGGCCAACCAGCACCGCUUGCCCCAGCCGCCCCUGCUGCAGCAGCACGAGCUCCUCAACAGCUAUUACAUCCACCGCUGGCCGGAUCCAGCCUCCGUGGCCGCCCACGUGCACCGGGACUUCCAGCCUGCUCUGCACCUGGUGGCCCUGAACACCCCACUGAGCGGCGGCAUGCGUGGCAUUCGUGGUGCUGACUUCCAGUGCUUCCAGCAAGCCCGGCAGGUUGGGCUGGCCGGCACCUUCCGUGCCUUCCUCUCUUCCCGCCUGCAGGACCUGUACAGCAUCGUGCGCAGGGCCGACCGCACCUCUGUGCCCAUAGUCAACCUCCGGGACGAGGUGCUUUUCAGUAACUGGGAGGCCCUCUUCACCGGCAGCGAGGCACCGCUGCGGGCUGGAGCCCGCAUCCUCUCCUUUGAUGGCCGGGACAUCCUGCAGGACUCGGCAUGGCCACGGAAGAGCAUCUGGCACGGUUCGGAUGUCAAGGGCCGUCGCCUGCCCGAGAGCUACUGUGAGGCGUGGCGGACGGAUGAGCGUGGUACCAGCGGGCAGGCUUCCUCGCUGAGCUCAGGCAAGCUCCUGGAGCAGUCCGCCAGCAGCUGUCAGCAUGCCUUUGUCGUCCUCUGCAUUGAGAACAGCUUCAUGACUGCCGCCAAAAAAUGACCCUGCUCUCUGAGCACUGCACACCUCCUUGGGGAGGUUCUGCUCCCCGCCACGCUCCUGCCUUCACCCCACUGGGUUUCUUCUCCCCCAGACCUAAAGCCAAAGAGUAUCGCCAUUGCCACUGCUCUGGCCUGGAGGGGGCUCACCCCUGUCCCUGAGGAUCUGGGUAGCUGUGGGCUGGCUGCCUUCUUCCUCCUGUACCUCUGGUUCCACUUCUUUUCUAACCCCUUGUGUUCAACCGCUUCAGCCAUACCCUUGUAUCAGCCACCCUCUCCUCCUUCCUGCUCAAAUACUCACCAGGGAGGUUGGGUGGGGAAGGAUGCUCUGCAGAGAGGUUUUGGAGAUGCUGUACAGUCACCUGUUGGAAAGCCCUGCUCUGUCCUGGCCAGGAGCUUGACGCCAGCCCCAAAUCCACAUUGCAAGGGCUGCGGCAUCUCCAGCCCACCCAAGGAGGACCCCAGCUGUCCCCUCCUAGGCGAGGGAUCGUCCUGUGGUGGUGGUAGUGGGGUUCCCCAGUGCCCUGCUCCUCUGCAGUCUCCGUCCUCCCCAGGUAAGACCCAUCCCACCCAGCCCUGCACCUCCUCUCCAUCACCCAUCCCUCGCUGGGCACAAGGUGAGCCCUGGGGUCUGGUCCCCAUAUCUGCUCCAAAGCCCCGCUCCAUUUCUGCCUACCCCUAUAUAGGGUCAGGCUUCCAGCUCUCUGCGUGCUCCCUGCCCCAGGUGCAUCAGCACAGCUCAGUGGAGACUAAGGGGGUGCACAGGGCAGUGGGGCAGCCCCACAGCUGGGGCAGGAAUGGGGUGGCCCGGUAUACCCUUGGCAUGUGUUUACAUGCGUUUGUGUGUGUGUGCAUGUUGACCACAUGUGGUACCUAGGCCAGACACCGCCAGCACCUGCUGGGCCACCGCUAUUGUGCCCCAGGGGCCACGGCGGAGCAAAGACAUUUGCAUAUGGUGUGGGCAUAUCCAAGGUGCUAAAAAAAAAAAA